CCUUCGUUAUUGAAUUUCCAUCAUAUGAUGAUCCCGCAAGUAUUAAAUCUCGUUCCGUAUAUACUUUAGAAUAUCGAUCAACAAUACAUCGACCUGUAGUGCAACCCAAGUAGCGACAACUAUCCAAGAAUUAACAUAUUAUUAUCGGUCAACCUUAGCAGGAAGUGAAUAGGCCCAAUUAUGAAAAAAACGGAUAUAAAAUGUUGUGUUGAUUGAUUUGGAAUUUGGAAUGUUUUCUUAAAUACUUCGAGAAGUGCUUAUUCCAACACUGCCAAUCUAACAUUUGUUGUUAUCAUGAUAAAUCAGUGCGUUGAACUAUAAUAGUAAUCCUGAUGCAAAUAAAGUUAGAAAAAAAAGUAGUGUCUGUGAUAUCAGGAAGUGAAGAAUACUUAAAAGUAUUACAUCUCAGUGGUACAUCACACGUGAAACGUAGAGCCGCCGGGUGAGGACACGUGGAGAGCCCAGAGCAAAAAAGAGAGUAAAAUCAUCUGUUUUACUUGCAACUAGAGCAGCUCCACAUUGACCUCCAGUUCUUCAUCAAUUAUCUUCUCUGCAGCAUUCAGCGGAACAGUGAAGAGAAUAUUCAAAUUAUUCUCUAUCGUCGAUUGCCACUCGUCCUUACCAUUCAGCUGUUUCAUGAUAUGUCACAAAAUCCGCGUGUUUCCAAAUUUCAUCAAAAUAGAAUAUACCCUGCAGGGAAACUGUAUGCGUGACUUUAUCAAAAUUUAUACCAUUCUGUUCACUCUCACACUUCCAAGGCCGUCCGUUUGUUAUUGUUUGCCUGCGUAGAUGCAUAAAUAACCUACCUACAUUUAUAGAAAGCGAAACUGCCAAACGUCGUUUUAUCUUAACUCAGCUGAAACUAUGACUUCAUGAGCAAUACCGUCAAGGCAACCUUUUCCGAGCACAUUAAAAUCAAAAUACGUUGGACCUCGCCUUCCCCAUCGUCUCCUAGCAGUAGCAGAUCGAACAGUAGAAACCGCAGCAAAAUGAGCGAUCGUAAGGCAGUGAUCAAAAACGCCGAUAUGGGCGAAGAGAUGCAGCAGGACGCCGUUGAUUGUGCGACGCAAGCCCUGGAAAAGUACAACAUCGAAAAGGACAUUGCAGCGUACAUCAAGAAAGAGUUCGACAAAAAGUACAACCCCACCUGGCACUGUAUUGUCGGCCGAAAUUUUGGUUCAUACGUCACACACGAAACGCGUCACUUCAUCUAUUUUUAUCUGGGACAAGUCGCCAUCCUUUUAUUCAAGAGUGGUUAAGAACCGAUGCUAGAGCUGCAGUAGGAAUAACACGAUGUCGAUGAAGCAUACUGGAGAGAGAUAAAGAAGGGGAAUCGCAGAGCAGCAGAGGAACACAUUCUAUUUACUAUUACUUAUUAUUACUAUUAUAAUUAUUAUUACUAAUAACAUUGCCCAACCAAAAACCAACCACAACGCCCGGUUUAACGAGGAAAACAUGUAGGGCCGACCGCGACUGUGUGAUAACCGAGCCGUGUUGGCUUUGAGAAGAUCGUGGUCCAGUUUUACAUAGCAGAACAUCAACAGCACCACGAGAAAAAAAGGUUCAUAGCUAUAGAUAAUUUCCGGAGGAAAACAAAACCAAUGAAGUCGCUAAAUCUUAUGUAAAAAUGCGACUUAGAGGAACUCGAAGGAAGAGAGAUAAUAGCCAAUUAAUAAUUUGAUUUCAAGCGAGCUUUUCGGUUGAAUCCUUGAUAGCUGUAAUCAACCUGAUUAGAGAAAAAUUGUUCAAAUUAGCCUUUGUUUGUAAUCAUAACUACAAAUUAGUAAUGCGUUGAACGUGUUUUAUUCUUUACUGAAGUUUGCAUAGUAGAUUCACGAACGACUCUUUACUCUUCUUUAUGCAAAAUAAUGGAUUAUUAAUAAAUAACGAUGGAUAGAAUCAGAAUGGACAAGAUGUUAGAAUUCAUUUUCAGUGUGCGAGGCAUGGGGCUAAUUUAAUAGACUAAUCGUAUCCCUAGCCUUUAUUUUCAAGCACAUCGAUUGUCCGUUACAUCUAAAUUUUAUCAAACUUUAUCUUUCCUUUUCGCUCCUUUCAUCCAUCCGAACUUGUUGUUUGAGACCAAUCCGUAAAUCAAGAAAACAAAUCGCCUUGAUAUAUUGCCCCCUAGGGUGUGUAUUUUCUCUUGGAUCCUUGGAAAGUAUCCCGUCGUAUUGUCAGUGUAUGUACGUGUGUAUUUUCCCAAUCAAAACAAAUAAGAUAAAAAAUAACGUGAAAAUCCAAUCUCAAUGAACGUUUUAACGUAAGUCCAGUCGCAAAACCGUCAUUCGAUCGCUCGUUCGUCACACGCUUCAAAUCAUACAGACACACAUACACGUAACGAUCACAUACUAGAACACAGCUAAACAAGAAGUGUUCUGAUCAACAGGUUAUUUUUUGGCAUCCAGAGCGUAAGGAUAGCAGCUAGAAAAGAGGAAAUAUAUUUAGAAAUAUCGCUUGGCAACAAAAAAGGGUUUAUAAUUCAAAUAUCUUUAAGUUUGCAGCAAAUAGAGUACUAGUUCUAACGACAGCAUAGGUGAAAAUAGUUGAAAUUCAAAAUGCCUCUUCGGAAUCACUCAUUCGGACAUAUAUUUCCAUAGAACAGCCACAAUUAAAACGAACACGUUCAGACGUAAAACGUAAGAAAGAAAUAAUUGCACAUGCCGAAGUUAAACAACUAGUUUAAACACACAAGAUAUGAAGUAAAACCAACAGAUCAAAUACCGGGUCAAAUCAAUUUAUGUACUUCUCAUUAGCUAUUGUAUGAAUGGAAUUAUUACAGUAUUUUUGUGUAAAGAAAACAAAAUGCAGAGAGAAUAAUGCCGAACACUCAUUGGAGAUCAUAGAUGCUCUCAAAUGAAAACUGGGUCGUAUAAAUAAAAAAAGAACGCAUUUCGAACCAAA